AUGGACAGGACAGAAGGCAGUGCUGGACAGGCCGCCCCUGCAGAGCGGUCCCACCGAAGCAGCGUGUCCUCCAUGGGAGCCCGAGGAGCUGAUGUACUGGUGUACCUGGCGGAUGACGCGGUGCUGCCCCUGGCUGUAGAGAACCUGCCCUCGCUCAGCGCCCACGAGCUGCACCGCAUAGUCCGAGAAGUCCUGCGGCUUCCAGACAUGGCCCUGGACGUCUUCGCGCUCUGGCUUGUGUCCCCUUUGCUCGAGGUGCAGCUCAAGCCCAAGCACCAGCCCUACAAACUGGGCCGCCAGUGGCCGGAGCUGCUGCUGCGCUUCACUGAUGCCCCGGAUGAAGAUGUGGCCAUGGACGAGCCCUCCCUGCAGUUCCGGAGGAAUGUGUUCUUCCCCAAGCGGCAGGAGCUGCAGAUCUGUGAUGCGGAGAUCUUGCGGCUACUGUAUGAAGAGGCCAAGAGCAACGUGCUGACCGCAAGGUACCCAUGCGAUGAGGAGGACUGUGAGGCCCUGGGCGCCCUGGUGUGCCGGGUGCAGCUUGGACCCUACCAGCCCGGGCACUCUGCUGCCUACAGCCUGAGGGAGAAACUGGACUCCUUCCUCCCCGCCCACCUCUGUAAGCGGGGCCAUGGCCUCUUUGCAGCCCUCCGGGGCCGUGGGGCCAAGGCUGGGACUGGCGAGCAGGGCUUGCUGAACGCCUACCGAGAGGUGAAGGACGUGGUUGGCAGUGACAGCGAGUGGGAGUCCUCCCUGAGUGCCCACUACCGCUCCUACCUCCUCAAGUGCCACGAGCUGCCCUUCUACGGGUGCGCCUUCUUCCAUGGUGAGAUUGACAAGCCAGCCCAGGGCUUUUUGCACCGAGGUGGUCGCAAGCCAGUGUCUGUGGCCAUCAGCCUGGAGGGCGUGCACGUCAUCGACAUCCGGGAGAAGCACGUUCUGCUGGGCCUGCGCUUCCAGGAACUUUCGUGGGACCACACCUCCCCCGAGGAAGAGGAGUCUGUGCUGUGGCUGGAGUUCGAUGGGGAGAGUGAGGGCACCCCAGUCAACAAGCUCCUCAAGAUCUACUCCAAGCAGGCUGAGCUGAUGAGCGGCCUCAUUGAGUACUGCAUUGAGCUGAACCAGGCCGAGGAGCCCACUGCCCCCCAGGACAGCGGGCCUGGCCCCACUACAGUCCCAGGCUCUAUGCCACCACCGACCCAGCGCCCCAAGCUGCGGCGACAGGGCAGUGUGGUCUGCAGCCGGCUUCAGCACCUUUCCACCAUUGACUACGUGGACGAUGGCAAGGAGAUCAAGCGAGUGAAGCCAAAGCGCACCACAUCCUUCUUCAGCCGGCAGCUCUCAGUGGGCCAGGGGAGCUACAGGGUGGUGCAGCCCCCCAACAGCCUGGAGCAGGGCUGA